AUGCAAUCACUCGUCCUCCCUCCUGCUUUCGUGCCGUCAGAUUUUGGACAUCUUCGCUACCCCGGCCCUGAGCGGCAUUUGUUGAGUCGGCCGCGAUCUGCAAAUGCGAGGCGGUACACGCCUAGGGAUUUCCCUCUCCCCUCUAUGUCCAGCUCUGAUCCAGAAAACGACCCGCUGGAGACUCUAGGGAAUGUCAGGCGCCCUGACCACCCGGAGCUGCCGAAGCCGGUGACCACCGCCGCCAUUCCUGCCGGGACCGCGGUGACUUCAGCUGUUCCACGGCCUGUCUCUUCAACGCCUCCGGACCAUGUCACGGUUCGGGAGCCGGCGCUGCAGCGGUUCGUAACAGCGCCGGGUUAUGAGACUCUGCCGCAGCCGCUCGCUGUUAGCGAGCCAACUUCCUCACGGUUUCCGCCGACAUUCAUCGGACAGCCGUCGGCAGGGCCAUCGACAGUGACGUAUCCGCCCGCUUAUGGAACCGCAACGGCUGCGGCGUCUCGUGCAUUGCCACAAAAGACCGUCCGGCGCACAAAAGCCCAUGUUGCGUCCGCUUGCGUGAACUGCAAGAAGAAACACCUGGGCUGCGACCCAGCCCGGCCUUGUCGGAGGUGUGUAUUGUCUGGAAAGGCAGAUACCUGCGUCGAUGUCACGCAUAAGAAACGAGGACGGCCACCGCUGAAGGCGGACGAAGGCUCCAUCCGAACGUACGCAACGCAGAUGGAUCAUCCUGGUGCACCCACUGACCAAGGGCAAGCCAGACGGCCAAUGCACCGCACGACAUCAUCUCGCGAACUUCGCCCAAUGACUGACCUUCAGCUCCAAGCGCAACCCGGACUGAUGGGCGCACGGCUACCGCCUGGACAACCCCAGCGGUGGCCGAUGGUAUAUUCGCAUACAAUAGACCCUUCCCUGACGCAGCGGACAAUCGGACACAGACGAAUUUCAUCCUCUGGUUCUACCCAGUCAAUGACUUCAGUCUCACCAACGGGACAUGUCCCAAUCUCCACAGGUUACAAUCCAGCUCUGGCAGCUGGUCGUAUACCCCCAGGCAUGAGCGUGGGCAUGGGCGUCGGACGGCCGAGCCCCUAUCCCAACCCAGGAAUGCAUCUUCAUCCUACUCCGUCGCCUCCUCAGUACCAGCCCUACGGCGUUCCAAUCUCACCAUACCCGGAAAACCCAAACUCGCGUAUCAUGAAUCGGAUACCGAUGAGCGAUGCCGGUCCACCACCGCGAGACCCUCGUGAGGGUUACAUGGAGUCACCCGUUAGGCUGCCGCCAAUAUAUCCUUCCCCCGUUGCCAACCCGCAGCCGCCACCAUUGCCGCAAGCACAGACACACAGAAUUAGCGAUCCAUAUUCCUCAACAUGGUCUCCACAGCAGCAGCAGCAAACUCCAGAGCCCCGCCAGGGCUUCAUGGAGCCAUUCUCUCCUAGCAGCCAGAUGCGGCAGGCUCAGACACCCGCAGUCACCGACCUUGGGCAGCGCCAAAGCCAAAGCCAACUAGGCUUGAGCUCCUCGCCCGGGGCGCAAGUUCAGCAGUCACCAGCUUCUCGUUCGUAUGGUGGACAAAGGGAUCAAGAUCGGGGACAUGGGCAUAAAACGGAAGAGGGCGACUCGUCGCGGCCGGCAAAGCGCCGUAAAAUGGCGUUGGAUGAUAUGGUCAACGACUAA